AUGGAGGCCGCUCGCGACCUUGUGUACAAAGCUUGCAAGACGGGGAAUAUUGAGCGGCUCGAGAAGGCUGCCGCAGAGCUCCCCGAGAGCCAGGAGAUCCGGACAUUGAAAGAUGACACCCAGAGAACGCCGCUACACGUCGCAGCCGAAUCCCAAAGCGUGGACUUCGUGAGCCACCUGGUGGAGCACCGCGCGUGCGAGGUGGACUCCCCCGACGAGGACGGCGACACGCCACUCAUCGUAGCUGCCGCGAAUGGCAACGCUGCCGUCGUCGACUAUCUCCUCUCGCGCGGCGCCAGUCCACGCGCAGCAGGCCUCCUCGGUGGCAUGCCGAUACACCGCGCUGCCUCGUCCAACCACGCCGGCAUAAUCACAACGCUGAUCAAGGCCGGCAGCGACGUCGACGCCCCAUCUAAGACUGGCGCGCCGCUGACGUGGGCCGCGGGGUCGGGGUCCGUGGACGCCAUCAAGGCCCUCCUCGACGCCGGCGCGGACGCGAACUACCGCGCCGAGGGCGGCAUCGGGGCGCUGCUGAUGGCGGCCGCGCAAGGCACGGCCGCUGCGGUUUCAGCACUUCUCGCGGCAGGAUGCGACCCGAACGCGGAGCAGCCGCGCGGGUUCUCCUGCCUCCACGCCGCCGCGGACCGCGGCGAGGUCGCGAUGGUCCGGGCGCUGCUGGACGCCGGCGCCGACGUCGGUGCGCGCGACGAGCAGGGAAACACCCCCCCCGAGGUGGCGGCGAUCAACAAGCACCGGAACGUGGUCGAGGUGCUGCUGGAGCGGUGCCCCGAGGGGCCGAUCGAGGGGCGCGGCGGGCGCGCGCGCGAGUGGACCGUGGACGGCUUGAUGGCGUGGGGGGACGAGUAUAGAGGUCAACAGAAGUUCCAGCAGGCGGGCGGGGUGGCGGACGAGCGGGCGGAGGUGCCUGCGGCGGAGGAGCCGGACAAGGACCGGGCGGCGGAGCGGAAGCGCGAGGGCGACGCGGCGUUCGUGGGCGGGAAGAUGGAGGAAGCGAUAGAGGCGUACACGGCGUCGUUGCGGCACGACACGUCGCUGUCGGUGACGUGGGCGAACCGCGCCGCGUGCCGCCUGCGCGUGUCAGACUGGGACGGCGCGCUGACGGACGCGCGGACCGCGCGGACGAUCGACGCCACGAACGUCAAGGCGUGGUACAGGGAGGGCAUGGCUCUCCGGGGCAAGCGCAUGUGGCAGGAGUCGGCCGAGGCGCUGUACGAGGCCAUGCGGCUGGAGCCGGACAACGCGACGGUCAGCAACGCGUUCAAGGAGGUGAUUCUCGAGGGACGCAGCGACACGAUGGCGAAGAAGGCGGCUGCCGAGACGAAGGCGGGCGUGUGA